AUGUAUAAUAAAAAGUUUAAUAUAAUAAACAACAAUUAUUUAUUUAUAAUAUGGGGUUUGACAAUGCAUUUGAUAUUUUUGUGGGGUGUACUCGAUGUUAAUUUUCAUUCUCCCAUUAUUCAAGAAUUACCAAAUGUAUCAAUUUUAAAAAAUGCACCAGCAAAAAGAUUAGUUUUAUUUAUAGCAGAUGGUUUAAGAUUUAGAACAUUCAUUGAAGCACCACCAAAAUUUCUGAAACAUGUGAUGACAAAUAAAGGUGUUUGGGGUAUAUCUCAUACACGAGUACCAACAGAAUCUAGACCAGGUAUUGUUGCAAUUUGUGCAGGAUUAUAUGAAGAUCCCAGUGCUAUAUUUAAAGGAUGGAAAGAAAAUCCUGUUGAUUUUGAUUCUAUUUUUAAUCAAAGCUAUCUUUCAUGGGCAUGGGGUAGUCCUGACAUUAUACCUAUAUUUACAAAAGGUAUAAAAGGAAAUAUAUAUGGUGAUAGUUAUCCCUCUGAAUGGCAAAAUUUUGAUAUUAUACAUGGUAAAAUUUGGCGUUUAGACUCCUGGGUAUUUGAUAAAUAUAUUGAAUGGUUAAGAGAAGAUGCUCACAAAAUUAAAAAUGCUGAACGUAUUAUUUUGUUUCUUCAUCUUCUUGGUUGUGAUACUACAGGACAUGCAGUAAAACCUUAUUCAAAAGAAUAUAUUGCUAAUAUGAAUUAUGUUGAUCGGAAAAUAAAGGAAAUAGUACAAUUAACAGAAAAUUUUUUUGGAGAUAAUAGUACUGCAUAUAUUUUUACAUCUGAUCAUGGAAUGACUGAUUGGGGAUCACAUGGAAGUGGUUCUGCAGAUGAAACAGAGACACCAUUAAUUGUUUGGGGUGCAGGAAUUAAUACAUUUAAUUUUCGUCAAAAUGUAGAACAAAUUGAUAUUACACCUUUAAUUUCUACUUUAAUUGGUGCUCCGAUUCCAAUUAACAAUGAAGGUGUAUUACCUUGGCAAUAUUUAAAUGUUACUGAUCUUAAAUACAUAAAUUAUGCACUGCUAAAUAAUUUGAAACAGUUAACAUACCAAGUAAAAGCAAAUCAUAAAAUGAAUUGUGAAGAUAAUGAACAUGCAGAUUGGAGAGAAGUAGAAUUAGAUAAUAAAAUUGUUACUUUAGAUAAAGAUCUUGAAACAGCAGAUUUAAAUGAAAGACUAAAGGAAAUUAUUAACUCAAUUAAGCUAGCUAAAAAGUCUUUAUUAUAUUUUCGACAAUAUCAAAGAACACGAUUUUUAUUAUAUUUAUCUAUAAUGUGGCUAGGAUGGAUAAUAUCAUUAUUUUUUAAAAUAACUGGAGUUAAUCGACCUGUUAUACAUUCAUUUAUUUUAUUAAUCACAAAUAUUGUAUUUUUAAUUUUAAUAAUUACAAUAUUUAUUAUGUACAAAGAUUGUAAUAAUUGGAGAUUAUUCUAUUAUACAUUUUUAGCUAUAGUUUCUCUCUGGUUAGUUAUUCGAAAUGCAAUCACAUAUACAAUAAAAUUAAAAAUUUGUAAUAAUAAAUAUUAUUGGACAUUAAUUGCAGAAAUAAUUUUUUUAUUGAUAAUAAUGUUCAUUGGCUUAACAUAUAGGUCUGUUCUUAGUAUAGGAAUGUUAUGCAUUAUUUUAAGUCAAAAGAUAAUAUUAAAAAAUACUCAAAAUUUAUUUUUCUGGACAGCUUUAUCUUUAGCUGUUUUCCCAUUGCUACCUGUCGUAGAACCAUAUCCUCGGAUUUAUAUCGUAAUUCUUAGUAUGUGUAUCGUAACCAUAAUAAUUAUAUUAAAGAUACAGUCGAAAUAUAGAAAAGUAAUCGAAAUUUUUCGAUUAACAAUUACAGGAUUAAUAUAUUUGGAAUUUAUAGAUGGUCGAAAUUGGAUAUCAUGGACAAUUUUAUUAACAACACCAUUAUAUAUUUGCAUUUAUCCUAUGCAAUCAAAAGAAAGAAUGCAAGGAAUUAUGUUGGGAUUUUUUUGUCCAUUUGUUUUAUUAUCUGCAUCUUAUGAACCUUGUUUUUUUAUAAUUCUUGCAUUACAUUUAUCUUGUUGGUUACAAUCUAAUUCUUCUAUUCAAUAUCAUCAAAAUACUAAAAAUGCUUUGACAAUGGAAGAAUUGCUUAAAGCAGCAAUCUUUAUGUUAUACACAUUGCUAUGUUUCUUUGGAACUGGAAAUAUGGCAAGUAUCAGUUCAUUUAAUCCUUCUUGGACUCGUCAUUUUGUGACAAUUUUUUCUCCAUUUACAAUGUUUUUAUUAAUACUUUUAAAAAUAUGCAUACCUUUAAUUCUAAUUGGAUGUAUAAGUCAUAUAUUUGGAGAAUCUUCAAGCAUCUUUUUUGGAGUACUUUUACUGGGAGAUUGUUUAUCAUUACCACUUAUGUUUUAUGUUACUCCUCAAGGAAGUUGGCUAGAUAUUGGUAGUGCUAUAAGUAGAUUUACAAUUGCGAUUUCCCUUCCAUGUCUUAUAUUAUUAUUACAUUAUCUUUCAUAUCCUUUAGUAAUGCUUUCUCCAAAUAAAUUUAAAUUUUAUAUUAAUUUAAAAAAAAAACAUAUUGUAUAAAAAAUAUAAACUAUGUAAAUAAAAUCCAUGAUUUAUUUAUAAUAAAGUGAUCAAGUAAAUAUAGUUGUUUAUU